AUGGUUCAUACUGUGGUGGCUAACGCUGGCACUAUGGAAUCAUCGGAGGUUCUGAAUUUAGAAGACGUGGAUAGUGAAGGAGAUCUGCGGGAGUCUAAUGAAGCUUUCAAAGUUAUUGAUGUGAACUUGAAAGGAACGCUUAACACUUUGCGGCUUGCUAUGCACCAUAUGAAAUCUUCUUCCACGCCCGAUGAUAUACUGCCGUCUAUCAUAUUAGUGGCUUCAACAUCAGGUUAUAUGGGCGGAACGGGCGUUUCGGCGUACGUUUCCUCGAAACAUGGAGUCAUUGGGCUGUUACGUGGUUCUCAGCCAGCUGCACAAAGAUAUGGUAUUUCUGUCAAAGCAAUUGCCCCAUUUUUCACACCGACACGGAUGACAGCUGGCUUUGCAGAAAGGUGGCGCAACGUUGGUCUUGAAGAAAACACGCCAGAGAUGGUAGGGAGUGUGAUCGCUCAGUCUGCCUUAGAUGACACGAAAAGUGGAAGCUGUAUCUUAAUCGCAGGAGGAUUUUUGAGAGAACUGGAAUUUACAAGAACAGACAUGAUGAGCAAGUGGCUGGGACAGGACUUGGUUGAUUUCAUGCGUAAGGCGUUUCAAUUUAUUACAAGUAUCGGCGGUCGCCCUGUUUCAGUCAAUACCACGACAUCUCUUGAUACUGCUGGUACCAAAGCUGCCUGCGCUUUCGGCCUCGUGCUAUCCACGCUAGACCUGCAGGGGCCACAGGGGCACUGA